GACAGCGGCAGUUAAAAUGCUCGCUAAUUAACCGUAGUGCCCCUAAUAAUCCGCGCCGAUAAUCUCCGUCGAGGACUAGUCAGAUUGAAAAAAAUCUUCAAGGACAGGGGAAAAUGGGGCAAUUAUCGUUAAUUCCAUUUCCGCCAUUCGAUUCAUUAGCAUUUUAAAUUGGUUAAAAUUGAAUGCAGGCAUUACCUACUUAUUAUUUAUCUUUUUUCAAUUUGUUUCCAGGUAUCCAUGAUGACGGACACGGGGUCGACAAGUGAUGUCACCGCCAGUGGAAUAACGCAUAUUAAAAAAGAAAUGGAUUCUAGCUUUCCGGAAUGUUCACCGUCGAAUAGUGAAAUGUACUCGCCAACUACUACGACAAUGAUACACGACAGUGGGAUUGAUUUUGCGACCGAGUCUGGGAAUCAAUACGAAGCAAAGUUACGAUCAUCCAGCAGCCCAGAAAGACAAUAUUGUUCAUCGACCACCCAACCGCAUACCGAAUCUGGCAUCAGUUCAAUAGAAAAUGGCAUGAAAGAAGAAGAUUCGCCACGUAGAUUAUGUCUUGUUUGCGGAGAUGUUGCAUCUGGAUUUCAUUAUGGUGUGGCCUCCUGCGAAGCAUGUAAAGCAUUUUUUAAACGGACAAUACAAGGUAAUAUCGAAUACACCUGUCCUGCAAAUGGAGAAUGCGAAAUAAAUAAAAGGAGAAGAAAAGCCUGUCAAGCAUGCCGAUUUCGCAAGUGUCUACGAUCCGGCAUGUUAAAAGAAGGCGUAAGACUGGACCGGGUGCGAGGGGGUAGGCAAAAAUAUAGGCGUAAUCCCGAGAUGCCCUACCAAAUUCAGGUGAUAUCCACACAAAGGCCAUCCGUAUCACUGGACGAUAUCAAAAUGUUGGAAGUAUUAGCACAAUGCGAACCAGACUUAUUAGAUAUAAAUACGACGUUAGAAAAUAUGAAAAACCGAUCACUGUCCAUUUUGAGCGACCUAUACGACAGAGAACUGGUCGGUAUAAUUGGCUGGGCGAAACAGAUACCCGGCUUCACGGAGUUGUCUCUCAAUGAUCAGAUGCGACUAUUACAGAGUACUUGGGCGGAAAUUCUCACGUUGACUCUCGCACAUAGAAGUUUGCAAUUAUUAGGAUUAGGUAGACUGAAAUUUGCGACGGAUUUCACUUUGGAUGAACGUCAGUCGCGUGAUUGUGGAGCAGCUGAUUUAUAUUUUACGUGUUGUCAUGUCGUGGAAAGGUUAGACAACAUUAGCAUUUUAAAAGAAGAGUACUAUCUAUUAAAAGCGUUAAUUUUAGCCAAUUCUGAUGUACAAUUGGUCGAAUCUAAUGCUUUAAAGAAAUUUAGAGAUUCUAUUUUAGUUGCAUUAUCGGAUACUGUUUCUAUAUUAAGGCCAAUAGGUGCCUUCAAUCACGUUCAGCAGUUACUCUUGUGCAUGCCCGCAUUGAGACAAGCCGAUCAUGUGGUUCGCCGAUUUUGGUCCGACAUCCAUCAACAAGACCUCGUUCCAAUGAAUAAAUUAUUUCUAGAAAUGCUAGAAUCGUACUGUAGGUAGCCUUGUGUGAUCAACGACUAAUGUAAAAUGAUGGAACAUGUUCUUUGUGGAGUUAUUUUUAUAUCGCCAUAGGUUAAGAACAUGUUGUGGUCAUAAUGAAUCAUCCGUCAUCUAGGAUAAGGUAUAUUUAGGUUUCCAGUGAUAGCUAAUGUAGUUCUAUUUGUUUUAGACCUGUGGUUAGGAUUUUAUUGUAUAUAGAUAUACAUACUUUUAGAGGAAACACUGCAUAUCUUGAAUUUAUUUUGUUUAGGUUGCAUAUAUUAUGCAUUUUUAUGUAUACCUCAUUAUUAUUUUUAGUUCGACUAUUUCAUUUUAUUUACCCACAUUCGUUGCUAGUGACGAGUUUGACAUUGUUAUCUAGCUGAUUUCUCACCAUGUGGAUCAUGGCAGCUUUUUAGCAAGUUUGUGGAUGGCCAGGUGUCAUUUCAAGAUUACACAAUUACUGUUCAUCAGAUUGGUUAGUGCAAUUGUAGUUGAUGUAUGAUGUCAAGCUAAGUCACUUGGUGUGAUUUACAUUUUUGCCCUAUUAAGUUAAUAUCUAAUGACUUUUAUAUCACGUUAUACUUGACAAUUUGUUUAUACAAUUAUAUCAUUUUGUGUUGCAGUCACUACCAAUUACACCAAUUUAAUGAAAUGUAAGCAUGUUUUGGGAAAUUGUGGCUUAUUUUUCAAUAAAUGUUAAUAAAACAA